UAUAAACCGUUAUACUGUAAUCUUACGGGUCUGGUUUGUAAACCAGUAUGUUAUCACCAAUGGAUUCGAUACAUAUUGUAACAUCCCAGGCUAACCAAACCAGAUAUUGUCCUCUUUGUCCACACACUUGGACUCACGGUUCUAAAACGAGUCUGAUAGAGGAGGUAUCUAGCCCCUUAUAACGCGACAUAAUGUAAGAUCCCACAUCGGUUGGGAAGGGAAACGAAUGUUACCUUAUAAGGGACUUGAUACCUCCUCUAUUAGACGCUUUUUAAAACCGUGAGUCCAGGUAUGGACGAAGCAGACAAUAUCUGGUACAGUUGGCUUGGGAUGCCACAAAUGGUAUCAGAACCAGGAAUCGGACCGGUGUGCCAGCGUGGACGUUGGGCUCCUAAGGGGGUGGAUUGUAAGAUCCCACAUCGGUUGGGGAGGGGAACAAAUGUUGCCUUAUAAGGAACUGGAUACCUCCUCUGUCAACGCGUUUAAAAACCUUGAGUCCAGGACUGGCGGUGUUUCCACUCAGUCAUCUGAACCUUAUAAAAAGAAUCUGUUCUUGAAAAGGUUGUACGAUGAAGGGCAGGAGAUAGGGGCUAAUAAUGCCAACGGGAUUGAUAAAGCAAGUGUGGAAUCUCACAGUGAGAUAUUGGAUACAGAUGUAGUUAAAUCACUCGAGGAUGGCGUCCAAUUUUGGACAGAUUUUUCAAAAGUUCAUUAUCAUCCACAAAGUUUAUUCGAGUUGAAUGGGUUAUGGAUGGGUGCUCAAGAAUUUAACAACUAUCGUAUUGGAAGAGAUACAGUAUCCGAGGGUCUACAAGGUGAUGAAAUCAAUGAAAGACUUCGUUUUUUCGUUGAAGAAUGUGACCAUGUGCAGGGAAUCCAAUUUAUAGUCGAUGACUCGGGAGGAUAUUCCGGUGUGGCUGCAUCUCUUUUGGAGAAUAUCGAAGAUGAGUACACUAAUGUUCCAGUAUUGCUCUAUUCUGUUCGGAGUCCUGAUUCCUACACUAAAGCUGCAAACCGGAAGCAGGUCAUCUCUCGUAAACUCCAUGAUGCGGUGUCGUUUUCGGCGCUUUCAUCCUUGUGCAAAUUGAUUGUUCCUCUUGGUUUACCAUCUCUAAGUGAAAACAGGGCUUCCCAAUUUCUUAAUUUACAAAACGAAAAGCCUUAUCACUCUAGUGCGGUUUAUGCAUCUGCUAUUCACUCUAUUACUCUCCCUUUCCGGAUGAAAAGAGUUGGUCCUGCUGGUGAAUCAUUAAAUGAAUCUGGUGCCAUGGAUUUAUACGAAGGAAUACAGAUGUUAGUAGGGCAAGCCAGGCAAAAUUCCGUUACCAUUCUAGAUGCUGCAAUGCCAGCACCAUCGAUAACUGAUAGACGGUUUCGGCUAGUGAACUUGCAACCGCUGACCCCUGAAACCGCACAUGAUGUGGAAGACUUGCAAGCCAUUGAAUCGAUGGUAGUGCACGGUGUCCUUGGAGCUGGACACCACGAGGCCUCGGUUUCUGAAGUACGUGAAGCAGUUGAAACUGCAUAUGAAAACACAUCAACAAGACCUAGAUUCUCUCAUGUAUCAGUAUCUCGUUGUCCUCUUCCGAUACCGUUGCCUUUUCCUUCCAUCUUCGGCAAUCUUGUUGGCAGACGUGGGGAGCUUUUAAGUAACCCCCAAUCGGGAUCGGGAUCAGGAUCAGGAUCUCGGGGAUCACUUGACGUCCACUCGAUCCCUAUGGCAGCCAGAUUGCGUUCCACCACUGCUGUGCUGCCGUUCUUGGAGAACAGAUUGAACAACAUUCACAAGCUCGGCAUCGAAAGAGGAUCAAUAGGUGCCGAUGUGCUUCGAGAUUGGGGUUUCGGAAAGGAAGAAGUCGAAGAGAUCGGUGAAAGUAUUUCGAAGAUGGUUUUGGCACUUGAUCCUCAGCAGGGGUAUUCCUCUGAUUCUGAUUGAGAUAAACUAUUACCCUAACUUAUAGUCGAAAACAGACGCUCGACUUUUGCAGAGGUCAAGUACGCAUACACCUCACCUCAAACCUUUACUUUGAGUGGGAUUUACUGGUCUAGUUGGUUUACCUUUUUUGUUGUAAAUUGGUAAAAACAAAGAGAUAUUGUUCACGACUUAUAAUGUCUACUAAAUUUUGUAGACUUAGGGUGCGUUUUGUUUGCGGGAUUGG